AUGAAAGGUUUUACACUCCUACUUGUGUUGUCUCUAAUACUUGUCUUCUACGUUGAUGACAUGCAUGCGUGGUUUGGAAGUUCAAGCUCAGGUUCCAGUGGUUCUAGAAGCUCAGGUUCUUCAAAUCGUAGUAGUAUGUCAAGGUCAAGAACAAGCUGGUGGAGAGGAUCAUCGGUGAAAUCAAAAACGCAGGCAGUCAUCAAUAAAGUUAAAGAUAAAACACAGGCAGUUAUUAAUAAAUUAAAAGAUAAGAUAAAUCGGGCAAAGGAAUAUUCAAAAGGAUCAAAGGAAAUGGUGAAGUCGUAUAUAGAUAUGCGAAAAUCAAACGUGAUUGGUGCAGACAAGUACUUUCACGCGAAAGGAAAUUAUAAUGCGGCAAAGCAAGGCCCAGGCGGUGUAAAAGCAGCAGAAGAUAUUAGUGAUAUAAGAGAGAAAACAGAUAAGAUGAGAUAUAAGGUAGAAAAUACACUUGGAUUAAUGAGUGAUAAGGAGUACAAAGAGAAACUUGCAGAUUCAGACAAAGAUCGGGAAGCAAAUCAGUGGGGAAGAUCUGGAGGAGAUCCGAAUAUAAAGUAUCGUGUAAAUGGAAUUCCAGACAACUUAAAGAAGUAA